GCUGAGUAGUAGUGACAAGCGACGAUGCUGCUAGGGUUUCAUCCCCGGCCCCAAUCCCAUUCUCUUCUCCAAACCCUAGAAAACCUUGUGAAUUCCUUCUCCGUUCGGCCUGGAAGAACCAGCGCCACUCGCUCCCGUGGUCCUCAUGCCUCGCAUUCCCCUCUCCGCAGCCUCAAACCCCCCUCGAAGUCGCCGCCGUCGCUUUCUCCAUCGCCGCAGGAUCUCAAUUUUAGGAGGCUCACAUCUCGGGUCAUCGAGCUCACUCGGAGGAGACAGCUGCGGCAGAUUUUGAGGGAAAUAGAGAAAGCGAAGAAGAGGUAUGGGAAGUUGAGUACUGUUGUGAUGAACGCUGUAAUGGAAGCAUGUGUUCAUUGCCGAGACAUUGAGUCUUCUAUUCAAGUGUUUGAGGAAAUGGCUAAGCCUGAGAGUUGUGGUGUAGAUGAUAUAUCCUAUGGAAUCCUUUUGAAGGGUUUAGGUGAGGCUCGAAGAAUUGAUGAAGCAUUCCAAAUUCUCGAGUCUGUGGAAAAUGGUACAGCUGUGGGAAGCCCAAAAUUAUCGGCCCGACUUAUAUAUGGUCUGUUAAAUGCCUUACUUGAGGCAGGCGAUAUGCGCCGUGCCAAUGGGCUUGUAGCACGUUACCGAGUUGUGCUGAACAAAGAGGAAGACCAGGUCUUGCUAUACAACCUAUUGAUGAAGGGGUACUUGAAGACUGAUUUCCCUCAAGGUGCAUUAACUAUAAGAGAUGAGAUCUUACGCCAAGGGUUGAAGCCUGAUAAAGUGACUUAUAAUACAUUGGUUUUUGCAUGUGUGAAAUCUGGAGAUCUAGAUGCUGCAUUUCAGUUGAUCACAGAAAUGAAGGUGGAAGCUCAAAAAGCUAACAGCAGUGAAUUCUUUCCUGAUGUUGUUACUUACACUACUUUACUGAAGGGUCUCGGGAGCAAAAAAGAUCUUUGUUCAGUGCAGGAAAUUGUUGUCGAAAUGAAAUCAUUGCCUGAUCUGUAUAUUGAUCGGACAGCGUAUACUGCAAUUGUUGAUGCAAUGCUAGCUUGUGGUUCAAUUCAGGGUGCCUUAUGUGUUUUUGGUGAGAUAAUAAAGCUGGCAAAUGAGAGUAAUAAUCUGCGACCAAAGCCUCAUCUUUAUCUUUCUAUGAUGCGGACCUUUGCUCUUAAUGGGGAUUUUGAUAUGGUCAAGAAGCUUCAUGUGAAAAUGUGGUCAGAUACUGUCGGAUCGAUUUCUCUGUCAGCACAACAAGAAGCUGAUGAGCUCCUGAUGGAGGCUGCAAUAAAUGAUAAUCAGGUUGAUGUUUCGAAAAAAAUUCUUCUAGAUAUCAUCCGAAAAAGAGAUGGCCUUUCUUGGAAUAGCAGAGGAGGAAUGACUGCUCUUAAAGUGGAGAUUUUAUCUGGAUUCACCAGUUCAUUGUUUACUCCAUACAUCCUUCCUCAGGUUACAUUAGAUGAUCCAAUUGAAAAGUACAUGACUCCUUUUGAGGAAUCUAAUCCAUUGCUUUCUAGCCUGCCAUUGAAAAAGGUUGUGAUGCAUUUCUUCAGAGAUUCUGUGCUUCCUGUUAUAGAUGACUGGGGCAGCUGUGUUGGAAUUCUCCACCGUGAUGAUUGUAAAAUGUUGGAUGCGCCUCUUUCAACCAUGAUGAGAGGACCGCCGCCUUGUGUAACCACAUCGACAUCCAUUGGCCGGACGAUCGAUCUACUCUUAGAGAAGAAGUACAAAAUGCUCAUCAUUGUGAAAAACAGCAACGUCGUCUAUGAAACCACCUACAGUUCAAGCUCCAGGCCAGUUGGAACUUUCACCCGUGACAAGCUCUGCCAGCUCACUAAACAUUAUGAUGAUGAUGAUGAAGAAGGCCAUGCUUCAUCCCCAAUCAAAGCAGCAGGCCAUGGAGACAUCAGAUAAGGAGUCACCUGAUCAACAUUCAAACUAAGACGACAAAUCAGCUCCAACUUCUCUUCACUGACACCAAACCUGUACACCUCCUUC